AUGAUCGCGAACCCUCUCCCGGUUCGCGAUCCCAACGCCCCGAAAACCAAAGGCAAAAAGCCCACCCCCAAGUCCAAAGACGCAAAGAAAGAAAACACCUCGACCUUUGCCCGCAGCAAAUCCUCCCUGGACGAUGAUACCCCCCGCGCCUUCCGCCGGCUGAUGCAGCUCCAAGCCAACGGCGGCAAGCAAGCACCACCCAAAUCCGACGCCAGCGAGACAGGAAGCAAGAAGCGCAAGCGCGAUACAACCGAGGACAGAAAAGAGUCGUCGCGGAAGAAGACUGCUGGAUCGUCGACUACGACUACGAGCGCGAAUGCCGCGACAUCUACAACCGCUGCCGCGGAACCCAAGCCCACGUCUAAGCUGAAGAUCCUCCCGGGGGAGAAAUUGUCAGAUUUCGCUGCGCGGGUCGAUCGCGAGAUGCCAAUAUCGGGGAUGAAGAGGUCGGGCAAGCCGGCGUCGGCCGAUCUGCCUAAGCUGCGCGAGGAGCGGCGGACGAAGCACGAGAAGCACCUGCGUCGAUUACAGGAGCAGUGGCGGAAGGAGGAAGUGGAGAUCUUGGAGCGUGAGGCGGCCGAGCGGGAGGAGCGGGAAGCCGAAAUGGAGGAACAAUUGGAAUUGUGGAAGGAGUGGGAGAUGGAGGCUGGCAAGGGCAAGGCGAAGAAAAAGGGCGCUGCCGCGAGAAGAAAGAAGAAGGGCGACGGUCCCCAGGAGGAUGAUGGUCCGGAUCCGUGGGCGAAGCUGAAGAAACGGGACCGGAUGAACAAACCGGCGAACCCCUUUGAUGUGGUUCAGGCGCCGCCGCAAUUGACGAAGCCGAAGGAGGUUUUCAAGGUCCGCGGCGGAGCCAGAGUCGAUGUCGCGAAUGUUCCUGCUGCCGUGGGAAGUCUGAGACGGAGAGAGGAGCUGGCAAGCGAGCGGAGGACUAUUGUGGAAGAGUAUCGGCGGUUGAUGGCUGAAAAGCGGCGUUGA